UUCUAACGUGUCGGCGUAGCCCCCCUCCCGUCAAAAGAAAAAAACAAACCCUCCAAACCCCAGCGAGUCCGCCGCAGAAGUCGACGCAGCCGCAACCGCAACCGCCGCCGCCGCAUCCGAUCCCAUGGCCUCCCCGUCCGCGCCGGCGCCGUCGCGGCCGCAGCGCUCGCCGGACGAGGUCGAGGACAUCAUCCUCCGCAAGAUCCUGCUCGUCUCCCUCGCGGCCCCGUCCGCCCCCAACCCCGCCGUGCCCUACCUCGAGCUCACCGCCGCCGAGCUCCUCUCCGAGUCGCGCCCGCUCCUCGCCCUCCGCGACGCCGCCGAGCGCCUCCUCAUCGACCGCCUCUCCCUCCCGGACGCCUCGCCGCCGCCCUUCGCGUUCCUCGCCGCCGCCUUCGGCCGCGCCGCGGACGAGGCCCGCAAGAUCUCCACGAUCCGCGACCCCGCGCUCCAGGCGCGGCUCAGGGCGUCCAUCGCCCACGUCCGCGGCCUCAUCCUCUCCUACGCGCGCAUCGUUGCGGGGAACCCGGAUACCUUCCCGACGCCCCCCAACGCGCCCCACCCCGCCGCCGAGCUGCUCGUCUUCCUGCUCGCGGAGGCCGCCGACCCGCUCGACUCCGCCCCGUCCCCCGGCGCCCCGCCGCCGGGGGCCUUCCUGGACGAGCUCUUCGGGAACGCGGACUAUGACGCCGUCGAGCCGGUGAUGGGCGAGCUGUACGAGCGCCUGAGGCAGAGCGUCGACAAGGUAUCCGCGCUGGGCGACUUCCAGCGGCCUCUCCGUGUGCUGAAGCGGCUGGUGGGGAUCCCCAACUGCGCCAAGGCUCUGGUACAGCACCCCAAGUGGAUUCCUAAGAAUCAAAUCAUGCUGAUUGGGGAAGGAAGAACCAUGGAGAUCUGCAGCUUGCUGGGGGCCUUCUUCCAUGUCAGUGCUAUUCCCGACCGUGAGUUUGCAAGCCAGCCUGAUGUUGGGCAACAGUGCUUCUCUGAUGCAUCUACACGGCGGCCGGCUGAUUUACUGUCAUCAUUCGCAGCAAUACAAAAUGUUAUGAAUAGCUUGCAGGAUGGGCUGAGGGAUGUUCUUCUAGUGCUGCUUAAGAAUUCAGAUACUCGAGAAAAGGUCCUUGAAUAUCUGGCAGCGGUGAUAAACACAAAUGCAGGAAGAUCUGGCAUGCGUGUGGACCCUUUGAAAUGCGCAAGUUCGGGUAUGUUUGUCAAUCUCAGUGCUGUCAUGCUCCGUCUGUGCGAGCCUUUUUUGGAUAAAAUGGAGUCGAUGAAGGGCAAGAUUGAUGUCAAGUACCUCUUCUGCAACAAAAGAGUAGAUUUCAAGAGCUUGACUGCUGUAAAUGCCUCUUCAGAAGAAGUCUCAUCAUGGAUAGAGAGCUGGAGCCAAGAUAAUGCCAGUGGAAAGGCAAAUAAAGAGAAUUUCUCAUUUAUUUGCGAAUGUUUUUUCAUGACGGCAAGGGUACUUAAUUUGGGAGUGAUGAAAGCUGUGGCAGAUCUUAAACAUAUCUCUCAGGAACUUGCAAGGUGUGAAGAUGAUUUGGAGGCAAACAAAGCAAUCAGAGAUCAAGGAGGAAGUUCACCACAGCUUGAGCAAGAUAUAACACGCUUGGAGAAGAUAGUUGCAGCCUUAUCCCAGGAACAGUUCUGCUAUGAAUCUCAGAUACUAAGGGAUAGUGCUUUUCUUCAGCGUGCACUAUCUUUCUACAGAUUAAUGAUAUUGUGGUCAGUAGACCUAGUUGGGGGAUUUAAGAUGCCUUUGCCAUCAGAAUGCCCCAUGGAAUUUUCUUGCAUACCGGAGCAUUUUCUUGAUGAUGCAAUGGAUUUACUUGCUCUAACUUCUAGAAUUCCAAAAGCUCUGGAGGGCUUCCCAUUGGAUAAUUUUCUCAAUUUCAACAUUAUGUUCAUGGCGAGCUCUUCUUACAUUAAAAAUCCUUACCUGAAAGCAAAGAUGGUUGAAGUUUUGAAAAGCUGGAUGCCACAAAGAAGCGGCUUGAAAUCCACAGCCUCGUUAUUUGAGGGGCACCAACUAUGUCUCGAUUAUCUUGUCAAGAAUCUUCUGAAGCUUUAUGUGGAUAUUGAAUUCACUGGCUCCCAUACACAGUUCUUCGACAAAUUUAAUAUUCGACACAACAUUGCUGAGCUUCUUGAGUAUUUAUGGGAUGUUCCCAGUCAUCGAAAUGCUUGGAGACAAAUGGCUAAAGAAGAGGAAAAGGGUGUCUACUUGAAUUUUCUGAACUUUCUUAUCAAUGAUAGCAUCUAUCUUCUUGAUGAGAGUUUGAAAAGGAUUCUCGAGCUAAAGGAAAUAGAGGCUGAAAUGGCUAAUACUGUUGCAUGGGAUAGCAGACCUGCUCAAGAAAGAGAGGAGCGGUUGCGCGCGUUUCAUCAGUCAGAGAAUAUUGCUCGAUUUGAUAUGAAGCUCGCAAAUGAGGAUGUUGGGAUGCUUGCUUUCACGUCAGAACAAAUUCCAGCACCUUUGCUUCUUCCAGAAAUGGUGGAAAGGGUGGCGAGCAUGUUAAAUUACUUCCUCUUGCAGCUUGCUGGUCCCCAGAGGAAAUCGUUGACUGUAAAAGAUCCAGAGAAGUAUGAGUUCAAACCGAAGCAGCUAUUGAAACAGAUUGCUACCAUCUAUGUCCACAUUGCAAGGGGUGAUAAGGAAGCUGUCUUCCCAGCUGCAAUCUCAAAAGACGGAAGGUCAUACAGUGAGCAGUUGUUUGCUAGUGCAACUAAUAUUUUGUGGAAGAUUGGGGUAGAUCCCCAAAUCAUACAGGAGUUUAUGCAACUUGCAGGUAAAGCAAAAGCUGCUGCCGCUGAGGCCAUGGAUGCCGAGGCUAUCCUUGGGGACAUACCAGACGAAUUUCUUGAUCCGAUCCAGUAUACUCUGAUGAAUGAUCCUGUGAUACUACCAUCGUCGCGGGUCACAGUAGAUCGACCAGUUAUUGUUCGGCAUUUGCUCAGUGACAGCACUGAUCCGUUCAACCGCUCCCAGCUGACUCAAGACAUGUUGAUACCAGAUACAGAUCUCAAGUUGCGCAUUGAAGAAUUUGUCAGGUCCCAGCAGUCGCGGAAGCGGAGGGCUGUCGACACUGAGACCGGGGAGCCUGAUGGUGCUGCUGAUAUGGUGGAGUGAACUGCUAAAAGCUGGGAUGGACAGUAGUUUCAGGCCGGAUCAAUUCUCGGUAAAUGGUGUAGAGUGCACCCUGCAAAUCUAAGCUUGUACACUUUGUCAUGCAUUGCCUUAUCAUGGACCGUUAGGUUAUGUCAAGUUCACUUGUAUAAACAUUUUAUCAUUUUGUUCAGCGGUUAAUUAUUA